AUGCGACUUGUUCGGCAACGAGGUGUGUUGGCGUUGGCUUUCGUCGCAACAGUAUUCGUCUGCUGGUUGCUCUACUCGGUCAGACAGCAGCAAGCUCAAGACGUGUUCAUCCAGGGGUCCAUCAACACCCCGGUGGUCUACAACGCCCGCGUAAUGCCUUACAUUAUCGACAAUGAUGGGUACUGCGGUGUUCCUGAGUGGCUGAAACGAGGUGUCUACGUUGCUGAAAAGCCCUGCGACGACGGAGUCGUGCCUGUGCCCUACGGCGAGUCGUCCUGGUGGUCUGUGAUGGAUGCACCAAGCGGAACAGGUCACGCCGGAGUCCAAGACAAAUGGAGAACCAGCACAGUGGACAAUAACACAAGUCUGUUCAUGCAUGCUCUAUCGGAGUGCGAUAAGGGCUCCCACAUGGCUUGUCUGAUCAUGAACGUGCCCAAGGGCCCGUUUCACACCGUCAAAGACCCCCUCGCGGCUCUUACAGGCGAGACCAUCAGUCCUUACACCAACGAAGACACCAUCCAUGUCUGUGGAAAGACGUACAAGGACUGUGUGGUGGUCCCUGGUGUCAUCAUUGAGCACCUGUUCUUCGUUGACUUCAACGAAUCGUACAGCGAUGCUCAGUUCGAAACGGCUGUGAGAGAAGCAGGCUAUUUCUGGAGACAGAUGGAGUGGUAA